CUAAUAGAAAAUAAAAAAUCGAGCGGUCGUUAAUAUUUUCAAUAACAACAAAAAAAUUCUUUUAUUUUUCCGGGAAAAACAAUCGGUGCCGAGGUUGCGAUUGCGAAGAAGAAAGAAUGAUCAUCUCCAAUAUUGCAUCAUCCCUUUCUCUGCUCUCUUCUUCCCAUAACAAAUUAUCCGUCGAUCUCCAAUUUUAUCCGAACUCUAAACAGAGGAAAAGAUGCUCUGUUCUGUGCUCCGGAGUCAGAACCGCGGCUAGACGGCAGCGGCAGAGUCAAGAUUUCUCCGCAACUGAAGCUAGGGUUUCCCUCGUUAUCGCUCUCGCUUCUCAGGCUUCCUCUGUUUCUCAACGCCUUUUGGCUGAUUUGGCUGUGGAGACUGCGAAGUAUGUGUUUCCGAAGAGAUUCAAUAGCUCUAAUCUUGAAGAAGCCCUAAUGUCUGUUCCGGAUCUCGAGACGAUGAAUUUCAAAGUUUUAAGCCGGACAGAUAGAUACGAGAUCAGAGAAGUCGAGCCUUAUUUUGUGGCGGAGACUACAAUGCCAGGGGGAAAUGGAUUCGAUUUCUAUGGUGCUUCUAGGUCUUUUAAUGUCUUAGCUGAGUACCUCUUUGGUAAGAACACGGUAAAUGAGAAAAUGGAGAUGACGACUCCUGUUGUUACUCGUAAAGUCCAAUCUGUUGGAGAGAAAAUGGAGAUGACCACCCCAGUUAUAACUAGGAAGGGGAAAGAUCAAACCCAGUGGCAGAUGUCUUUUGUCAUGCCUUCAAAGUAUGGUUCAAAUUUGCCUCUUCCUAAAGAUCCUUCAGUCAAGAUUCAGGAGGUUCCACGGAAGAUUGUUGCUGUUCUCGCCUUCUCAGGAUACGUAACCGAUGAAGAGAUUGAGAAACGGGAGAAAGAACUAAGGCGAGCACUUCAAAAUGACAAGAAGUUUCGAGUGAGAGAUGGAGUUUCAGUUGAAGUUGCACAGUACAAUCCACCAUUCACUCUCCCGUUUACCCGCCGCAAUGAGAUCUCUCUCGAAGUGGAAAGCAAAGAAUAUUAGUCCUCUUUUCACUGGUACAUACAUAAAUAUAUACACACAAACACUUGUAUACACUGUUAAAUACUGUUUGUGGUAAAAGACAAAACGCGUUUACUUGAAUAGUUGAAUGUGAGUAAGUAAACCAUUAUGGAUCUUUCACUUUACUUAUAGGCCACUAGAUAUACAUAAUUAUAGCCCUAUAGGCUUUGAAAUUUAACCCAAAACAAGCACUCACCUUUUUAGUUACCUUUUGGAAAAUUCAACACAACAUAUAUUCACAUUUUUGGGUAUUUUAUACAAACUUUGAAACUUUCUUUUAUGUAAUACCAUGGGAACCUGGGAAUUACAUACAUUCUUUGACAAGCUUUGAGUCUGUUGUAUCUAUGUAUGUGUCAUAUAUAUAUGUAAGAUAUGGACAUGCUAUUAGGCUAAUCUGAUUCUGGAAUGCUAUCUAACAAAGGUCUCCAGCCUCUAAGACACUCAGCAGCAGCAGCAUCAUGACACAGAUGUUGCUUAUCAAGACUCCUAUAGACCAUUUCUUGAACUGAACCUCCUUGAAUCAGCUUCUCGAGCUCUUGCUUACUCACAACCAUCUUCACUCUCACAACACUAGGACUCUUCUCCUUAGUAUCUUCUUCUUUUUCAACCUCUGGAUUUGCAAACCUGACUUUCUUCGUUUUCUUGUGCUUUACUGUGCUCGUCUGCUUCGGUAUGAGAUAGUAGAGACGGCCACAGAGGAGCUUGGCUUGCGGAUGAAGAUGACAGUUGUUUGACAAAGAAUCAAAGAGAGAGUAGUGACCAGAGACUUGGGUGAGGAUGUCAUGAACCUUCAUGGGUCCUCUGUAUUCAACUACUUCUCCAUCAUUUCUCAUUAUCUUUAUCACUUUCUUCUCCAUUACUAUACAAUUCCCCAUCUUUUUAAAAAUCUUGUUUUGGAUUUUUGUUUACUUUAGUUUGUGAUACUCUUCUAUGUAAAUAAUGUC